GUUUACCAUUGCGAAAUUGUACGGCGUUUCGGAUAAUUCAAUUCCAUUAAUAAAUUUGUAAAACAUGGCAGCCUCUCGCUCCAGACGCAACAAUGCCGGCACUAAAAUAGCUAAACUGUUGGAUGAAGAGGAGGAGGACGAGUUUUACAAAACCUCGUACGGCGGCUUCCAUGAAGAAGAGGAAGACAAUGAAUAUGAACAAAAGGACGAAGAGGAAGACAUUGUGGACUCAGACUUUAGUAUAGAUGAAAACGAUGAGCUCAUAUCAGAUCAGGAAGAAGUGUCCGAUAAAAAACGCAAGCGCGGUGGUGUCAACACCAAAGCAUACAAGGAAACAAAGCCGGCUGCCAAAAAAGAAACAAAAGCCGUGCCUGCUUUGCACAAAAAGCGGGGCGGAGGGGGUGUAGUUAAGCGCAAGGUGCGUCCUCGUUUCACAGUGCUCGACUCGGGUCGAAAGUCCAUACGUACAUCGACUGCCAUCAAAACACAAGCUACUAAAAUACGUCUUAAAGAGUUGGAUGAUGCUCGCAGGCGUAAGAAAAAAGUAAAGCGUGUGGAAGAUUAUAUUCCCACGCAAGAGGAGCUGCUCGAAGAGGCCAAAAUAACAGAGGAGGAGAAUAUCAAAUCGCUCGAAAAAUUCCAGAAAAUGGAACUAGAGAAAAAGAAAACGCGCCCAACCAAACGGUCAUUCAAUGGCCCGACAAUACGUUACCAUUCGCUGACAAUGCCCGUAAUGCGGAAACCUACUCGCGGUACGACGUUGCCGCAUGAUCCCAAUAACCCCGCCUCCAAGUGUGAACGCACAUUCAUUACCAUUGAGAAUGACUUCAAUGACAAGAUGUUCAAUAAGUUAUUCCGACCAAAACAAAUACCCAAAAGCAGUAAUGGCAUUUGCCCCAUCACUCGCCUGCCCGCGCGCUAUUUCGAUCCAGUCACUCAACAGCCAUACUAUAGUAUUCAGGCCUUUAAGAUACUUCGCGAAGCCUACUACAUGCAGCUAGAACAGCGCGGAAAUAGCGAACAGCCGGAGUUGGCCAAAUGGCUAGAGUGGCGCAAAAUGGUCAAAGAGAAUCGUCUCAAGAUGAAGACUGCAGCUAUUUCAGCCACAAAUCCCACAUCUGCGUCUAUUUCCUAGGCUGCCAGUAAAUACGUCGACGAUUCGAACGGCUACCGAAGCUUUAUUUUUAAUAUUCCUAAUUACAAUACCAUAUAAUACUACGAGUUAAUAUAAAAUCGGGCACAUAACGCUAACUUGUUGUCCAAAAAACUUA